AUGGCUGUGGGAUUGCCAUUGAUGUUCCUCCUUGUCUCACAUUUAUUUAUCUUAGGAGUAACAUCGAGGAACAUUACGAUAGUGAACGAAUGCGAAUUCACUGUGUGGCCGGGGAUUCAAACAACGGCUGCUGAUCAUCCGUUCAACAUCUCUGGCUUCGUUCUCAAGAAAGGAGAGAGGCGUGAAAUCGACCCACCGUCUACAUGGAAAGGUCGUAUCUGGGGCAGGUCACGAUGCUUGACCAACACAACCGGGAGUUUCUCAUGCCAAACCGGAGACUGCAACUCUGGAGAAAUCGAGUGCUUGGGAAACUCAGCUAUGAAGUUAGCGCCGUUCAGGGUUAUAACCUUCCAUUGCUGA